AUGUCAACGUACAAGGACUCUCCUCUCGUCAACCCUCAACACAAGCAAUUAUUUUCAAAUUCUCUUCAACCAAAUGUUUCACCAUUAGGACAACAAUCUCAAAAUCCAACAAUGCUUUUACAACCACCUCUUCCAUCUAUCAUUACAACCAAUAAUACUAACAACACCAAUAACACUCACAUUCAACCAAUCAUAUCCUCCACCAACUCUGGAAAUUCAAUAUUUUCUAAUAACAAUACGGGAAGACAAAAUAUUCCAAGUUCUAGAUUGUCACCAGUUCAAACAUCUGGGAUUGCCAAUAACAACAAUACCAACAACAAUAAUACUACUAAUGUUACAAAUCGUUAUCAACAAAAUCCUACCCCACAUCAGUCACCGCGUCAAUCAAAUACAACAAUAAAUUUACCACACAAUAUUCUUGCCAAUUUAGAUCAUUCUGCAUUAUCACCACGUGACUAUACAGAUGAAGAAAUUAUAGAGAGACAAGGAGAAAUAGGUCUAAUACCUUAUAAUAGAGGUCAUAAGUUGAAAAAUAGAGCAGAUUUAAUAGAUGACAAAUCAAGAUUAAAAGCACCAUAUGAUAUUUAUCAAGACAUUGAAUAUAUCGACACGCCAAAUAAUCAAAGGUGUCCUAUAAUCCACAGGUUUCCCAGAAAUUCUAUUUUGAAAGCAGUCGAGUAUUAUGAUGACACAGAAUUCAACCCUUAUAAAGAUAUUAAUGUUGGAGAAAUUCUUGGGCCAUUAGUGAAAUUAGAAGAUGUUAUUAAGAAACCACAUUAUAAAAGGAUUUUAAAUGACAAUUCAUUAACACACUGUGCUGAUUUCUUAAUGGAAAGAAUUGAAACUGAGAAAAAUUUCAACAAUAUAAUUAGUAGAUUGAUGACUGUGUUGCAAGGUGAUGAAUACUGA